GUGGCCGCGCGCAGGACUCAGGACUCAGUUUCCCAUCAUUCUUUGUCGUCCGGUUUGAGGGGAAGGAAGAUGGCGGCGAUUGACGGAAUGGGGGUGCUGUUGCGGUUUUAAAAUGGCAAAAAGGAGUGCAUGGUGUGUUUGAACGCUCGGUUUAAUGUCUUUGAAAGAGACAAGAGUUCCCAGUUAAUGCGAAGCGAAGGCUGCUCACCCGCGGACUGAAGGUUUAUUCCUGGAUUCCAUUUUUCUGCCGUGGCCUUCACCAUCCUCCAGGUCCCUCUGUCUGACUUCUGCAUCAGCAGUUUUCCUGGCCCAUGGACUUGACUCCAGCAUCAGGCUUCAAACGGAGGCCUGCUGCCUCCUCUUCCCCAAGUGGAGUUAGAGAGAUUGCAAGGAGCCCUCCUCCCCGCUCACCCUCCUUGUCUCUGUCAUCUCCUUCAUCUGAUCCAUCUUCACCCUUGUCGCCCUCCUCUUCUGUCUGUGCCAACUUGUCAGUUUAUGAGAACCAUGUAAAGAGUCAGACCCACAGGACAGAGGUGGCCAGGGUGCCCUCCACUUCUGCCUCUCUAGCAACCCAGCCUCUCUCCACACCUACAUCCAACACUACCACAUCAGAUUCCUUCCCUCACACUUCAGUGCAGCCAAGUGUUGAAUGUGAAGAAGAGUGCGGGAAAAGGGAGAUGUAUGAUCCUUUCCAUCCAACUGAGGGAGUGAAGGGGGAGGAGGGAGAAGGUGAGAAAUAUGACCCCUUUGACCCCACUGGUUCUCCAGCGUCAGAUUCUGAUGACAGGAGUGGCAAAGUGAGGGGAGUGAAGAGAAACGCUGAGCGAGGAGAUGAGGAGGAGAAGGAGGAAGAACCUCCAGAUUCCACUGACACCUUGACUGACCUGCCAAGUCCUGGACUGGCCACCCAGCUCCCUCUGAGGAGGAGAGUGGACUGUAGCACCAGCAAAGCUGGAGAGCAGAGGGAUAAUGCUGACUCUGAUCACUCUGAGAUAGAAGAGGGAGAGAUAGUUGGGGCUGCUGACAGAGAUGGAAGCAAUAAGAGACCUGCUGGUGACAUCCUCCCCCUUAAUUCUCCCAGCAUCUCCUUCUUUGGUUCAAAGCCAGAGCGCAUCCUCCGCGUGCUGGACGGGGAUGGCUUUGUGUCCGUGCGUACAGAGGGCAACUGGGAGGUGGACGGGGAGCCAGAGGAUGAGCCUGUGGUAGGAGUGGAGGAUCUGAGGAGGAAGCUGGUCAGCAGACGAAAGGAAAGGUAUCUCUCCUUUCCUGCUUCUUCGCCACUCUCACCUCAGCCACCGCCUCCUCCGUCCCAUCCUCCAACUUCAACACCCUCUUCCCCUCUCACACCUCCUGUAGAGCAAGGAAGUAAGAACUGCAAGUCCUCCAAGAGUUCCAAGGACCGCGACCAGCAGAAAAGCAAGGAUAGAAAGGCUGUGGAGAAGGAGGAGAGAAGGAAGAAGAGAAGGAAGGACAAAGAGGGAGGUCAGGAGAGGAGCAAAGAAAAGGAGCGAGGGCACAAAGAGGUUAAAGGAACGAGGAGCAGCAGGAGCAGUAGCCGGAAGAUGAAGAAAAAACGUCACAGCAGCCCAGAGGCCUCCCGGUCCUGUAACUCUUCAGGAAGAGGGGGCCACACGAGACACUCCUUAUCAAGCCUGUCUGAAGAAAGACAGAGAGAGAGGGACAGAGAUAGAGACAGGGACAGAGUUAGAGACAGGGACAGAGACGAAGACAGGGACAGAGAUAGAGGAAGAGAGAGAGAACAAAAUCGUACCAAUAGCCAUAGAAGAGAUGAAAGAGAUCGAGACUCUAGCUCUCAAAAGAAGGAGAGGGAAAGGAAAGGAAGGCAGCAUUCUAGCAGCAGAGAGCGCUGCAUUUCAAAGGGGUCCAAAAGAAGCAGGGAGAAGAGGGAGGGUGAUCGAGACAGGCAGCGAGACAGGGAGCGGCGACGGGAUGGUCGUCCUGUUGUCCCGCCAUCUAUUCAAGACCUCAAUGGGUCUGACCUCUUUGCCAUCAAGAGAACCAUCACUGUCACCACCACCACAACCACCACCACCGUACCUGGCUCCCCAAGGCUCGCCUCGACCUCUCCCUGUCGGCCCAUGCAGGAAUCUGACAAGCCCCACAAGAGGAAGAAGAAGAGAAAAUGGCACUCAGCCGGAGAGGUGGAGGAUCGAGGAAGCUGUCACAGUCGAUCACAGUCGCUCUCACCGCCGAGGUAUCACAGCUACGAGUCAGACCACUAUUCAGACAAACUGGAGAUUGAUGUGUUGUCUUUGGAUGGUGAAGCUUUGGACUCCGACUACCCAUCUUUGGAGGAUACACCUCCUGCUGCCCUGCCUCCAGAACCCCCCGUCCCCAGCCCCAAAACUAAAACUACUCCCAAGACUGGACGACAUCACCCGAAAAAGAAGUCCCGCGGUUUAAAGAAAAUUGGCCAAUCUGAAUCGUCCACCUCUUCCAAUAGAACUAAAAACAAAUGCCUCUCUUCACUGACGGUCACUUCAGGCUCUGCUUCCAUCUCAUCUGGUCUCCCCUCAGCAAAGCGAGCCAGGAAGAUGGGAAAGGACAAAGAGCGGGAAAAGGGAAGCCGAAAGGAUUUAGGCCGCUCUGGCAAAUCCAAGAAAGAGAGCAGCGCCAGUCGAAAAGGCAAACUGCAGUCCAAAGUGUCUGUGCUGGUUCGAGAGGGUGUGACCAGCACCACAGGGGCCUCAGUUGGCUCUGGAAAACUGGGCAUGGACCUCCUAGGGUCAGGAGGUACAGGGGGUGGUGCUGGGGGCUCUGUGGUAGGUGGCUCAAUUGCGGUAGUCUUCUGCAGGGACAAUGAGAGCAGGUCUCCGUUCCUCAAGCCUUGCUCAGAGCCGCUGUCACUGGGCAGCCGCAGUAAAGAUUUGACUAGUAUGGGAAAGCGAAGCAGCCUGGCUGCACCACCAUCAUCCUUAACCAGUCCUGCAGGACUGAAAUCCAAGAAGACAAAACCAAGCUCCAUCACAUCCACCUCCUCCUCCGCCUCCUCUUCCUCAUCAUCUCUGGCAACCAAGCGUCGUCGUCGCCUGGCCAAGAAGACGAGAGAAAAAGGAGGUGGGGGGUUGACGGCUGGAGAUAGCAGCCAAUCAAAAGCCAUGUCUGAAGGAUGGGGUGGAGCCUCCUUAGAUGUUCAGUCAGCUGUUGGAGAUGGGAGCAAGUCAGUCAGUCCACAUACUGGUCAGGCCGGCCCUGCACCCUGUUCUUCCUCCUCUUCUUCCUCUUCAUCCUCCUCCACCAGUGUGCUCCCACCCUCCUCCUCACCACCCCACACGCCUCCACCCUCUAUGGCACCUUUGCGGGACACCAGAGAGUCUUCGCCAGACUCUCAGACUGUGGACAGCAGCUGUAAGACUCCAGACCCCUCUUUCCUAGCUGAGGACUGUCCAACACAGACCAGCCCCACGCUCCCGGCAUCCAGUCCGUCCAGCUUGUCCACCCCCCAGGGAGCUGGCCUCAGCAUCACCCUGUCUACACCCACUGCCAAGCCCCCUCCUCCAGAUGAUGCACCUAAAUCUCUGGCCUCACCUCCUUGCUCGUCCUCUUCGGCAGGCUGUGGUCUCACGUCCCUCUCUCUGCCUCUGUCCUCGUCAGACCCCUCCUCCUCUUCCUCUGUGUCCUCCUCAUCUGCUAGCAAGCCUCCUCCACCUCCACCUCCUCCUCCAGCAGCAGCGCCCACUCUCCCCUGGAGUCUGCAGACCGGGGUAGACUGCACAACUGGAGGAGUCCUAGCAUUGACUGCUCUACUGUUCAAAAUGGAGGAGGCCAAUAUUGCCAGCAGAGCAAAAGCACAAGAGUUCAUUCAAGCAACCAGCCAGAUCCUCUCACAGGCUAAUCAGAGCCAGUCCCAGCAGCAUGCUCCUCCCUCCUCGGCCUCCUCCUCCUCCUCCUCUUCACAGAUCCCUCCUCCUCCCGCUCUCCCUCCACCUCCUGGUCUGAGCCCAGCCCAGUUCAUCCUUCACAGUUCCCUCCCUUUGGUUGGCUGCACCAAAACACCACCCUCUCUCCUGCACCCCUCCAUAGGUGGUGGAUGUGCACAGACCCCACCCCCCAUCGUGCCUGUGGUGUUGUCAGGAGUGACUGGGAGCUCUGGUGACACUGGAUGGGACAAUGAGAGCAAAGAUCCUGAUAAGUACCUGAAGAAGCUGCACACCCAGGAGCGGGCAGUGGAAGAAGUGAAGCUCGCCAUUAAACCUUACUAUCAGCGUAAAGACAUCAACAAGGACGAAUACAAGGACAUCCUCAGGAAAGCUGUGCACAAGAUCUGCCAUAGCCGUACUGGAGAAAUCAACCCUGUCAAAGUCAGCAACCUUGUGAAACUCUAUGUCCAGCGCUACAAAUACUUCCGGAAACAUGGGCGCAAAAUGGAUGAAGAAGAGAGGGAUGACAGGGAGCCGGGAGCGCUGCAUUCCUCUGCUUGAUAGGCUUUUAGACUUUUUUAAAAAAGUGCCCCUACACCUGGGCUGCCCACUGAUUCUUUUUGUUUGAUAUUUUUAUUGUUUUCAUAUCCCAUCUUGUCUAUGCUUUUAUGUGACCUUAUGGAAGUCUCUCAUCUUCUCUCUGUGAUUUCACUGUAAAUAUGUCUCACAUAGAAAAUGAAUCAUAUAUACAAUGUUCAGGAACUGGGUGCUAUGAUGCACACUGUACAGUCCAGUACACCAACCCUGCAAUAAAUACCACUUUUGUGAAGCUGAUAGUUUUUGUUGAUUGUGUCCAUUAGAAGCUUUGCAGUGGUGGUAAGAAUUGCAGGGCUUUUUUUUUUUUCAAUAGCAUUGAAUUAGGUGUUCAUGCUAGUUUGUCUACCCCAUGUAUAUCAUAAACCAAGCUGAGGGGAGAUGUAAUAUCCAGCUGCAUACACCAGAAUCUGUUGUACAGUACUGUAGGGACACUACACAUUUCCCCUGCCUCCAUCUGUCACAGUCUUUGCUAACAGUAUGCAAGCUGGAGCUGUCAGUGUUGGCCAGAUGAGCGAUGAUGGUUGAAAUACACUGACACUUUGACCUCUGACUUCUUUGAUUGUGUUUUGUGUGCAUGUGUUGCUGCAGCUGAGGAAGCAGCUCAAUCUCUUUCUAAAAUGAUUAGACCAACCAAAUAUAAACAUGGCUUGAAACCCUG